GGAGAAAAGUUGUUUUUCAUAGUCCUUAACUAUCAACUGUACUCAGUGCUCUCAUUUUAUAGAGUAGUUCUUCCAAUCUCUAACACAAAGAAAAGAACAAAAGGAAUAUGAGUGAAUUGGGGGAAUCUUCAACGGGGGUUGAACUCCACUCUAAGGGGACACCAGUGCAAGGUUCCGCUGCCAACCCAUGUUAUCCAACUCAGCUUAUUGACGGAGAUAAUUGCAAAUUAUUCAAAGUUGCUGAGACUGAAAACUUUGUCAAGGAGAUGGAAUUAGAUAAAUGUGGUCAAUCGUAUGCUGUAGUUUCUAUCAUAGGUCCCCAAAGUAGCGGAAAGAGUACACUCUUGAAUCAUUUGUUUUGUACAAAUUUCCAAGAGAUGAACGCUGAUGCUGGAAGGCAAGUAAUUCUUGACUUGUAA